AUGGCACUGAACGGAAGAGCUGUGUUUUCAGCCUUCAAAUAUUAUGCAAUAGACUAUUUACAAGAGGACAUAAUUAAAAAGAGGCUUUGCAGAGAUGCUUUAUUGCUUCAGAUCCCUUCAUGUUUAAAUCAAGAUAAAAACAUUAUUGAUGAUAAAUAUAGGAGUCCAUGGACAAGAGCUAUUCCAGUUCAGGAAGUAGCAGAUAUUUCAGUCUUGGAGCAGUGGAGAACAAGAUUCUCUGUGGAGGAGGAUGUUCCAGAGAAAAAGACAGUUACAGGAGUGAUGAUUAAUGGCACAUUUGAGGAAAUUGUUCCAAGUUCCAAUCCAAACUCUCCACCUGGACUAGAGAACGACAAGCCAUUCUCCAGUAAGGACUACAUAGACAACUUUAUUCCUGUCACAUGCUCCUUGUACUACCCAGGAGUGAAAGCAGAGCACCAAGGAUUGCUUAUUGAUGAGGACAUGAUUUUUAUGAAUAAAGCAAUGAAGAACCAUCUACCAACUGUGACUAGUCUCCUGAGAAGACUAAAGCUCUAUCUGGUGAAGGAUCCGUUUUUAGAUUUCAAAGAAGAGCUCGCUGGAAAGGAUAAUUUCACGGAGUGUUUCUCUGCUCAAGAAUGUUCGGAAACUUUCGUGAGAAAUUUCCAUAUGGCUGAGGAGACCUUUUAUAAGAAGAAACUACCAUCAGUUUUUCCUUCUGGGUUUAAAUCCUUGAUAUCUACAAAUCCCAAACAAGAAAUUCUCAUUCUACCACCAUCAAAACUGAAGAAACCAUUAAACUCGAUACCGAAAAUAAUGGACUCUGUAGAUGAAAGUGAAUGUUUCAAAGGAGACCUUACUUCCAAGAAUGAAUUUGAUACUGAGGAUAUAAAAUGCGACUCCACAGAGAACUUAACUUUUGCAAGCCUUUGUGAACCAGAGUGCAAUGAGCCAGGAGACCUAGAAAUGCCAUCAACCCAUCUAAGCUUACCAAGGCAGCAUUCUGCAGUGAGUUCAUUAUACGCGGGAUUUCAGACAUUUCCUUUUUCUGCUGCGUGUAAAAUCAAUUUGCUUAGUGCUGGAGAAUCAGCUAAUAAAUAUUGUAUGCUGUGGCAACUGGGAGGCUGCAGAAACUCUUGGGUCUUGUUCAUGCUUACAGCUUGGGUAGAACUUAAGAGUCGUCCCUUGCCCAUUGUGCCAAUCACUGAGAAAUCUGCAAAUGUUCACCAGUUACAUCCACAGAAGAGACCCAUACCCUCUUCAGAAAAGGAAGUGCCACACCUUUGUUUGUCCGGUGAAAGUAUCUCUGUUAAAAAAUCAAAAGUAGAAGCAAAUCCAGAGAAUGACCAAGAACCAGCUGCUAGAAUAAUGCAGAAGCCCGAAAACAGUUGUGUUGGACUUGGUGCUCCUGUGCCAUCUGCUGAAUCAGCCUCCUCUUCCCAGAUCAAGGCAUCUUAUGAUAAAAAUCGAGAUGAUUUGGACCUUCUGAGUGAGUUUAUUAUUCUGAGAAGUAAACACCAGACUUUCCCUUCAGAAAUUGACGUCAAAAGCCAUGACCAUGACCAAAACAAUGAAUUUCAAGAUAAAGAAAACUAUUCUUUGACUCUUCAAGAAGAAAGUCCUGUUGUUUCUAAUAAUAAAGCUCCAGAGGAAAGAUGUCAAGAAAGGACAGAUGACAUCAUCGAGAUCCCUGCAUCAGACACCCAGUGCCAAGCAUACUGUCUCCUAGAAGCCACAGCGAUUCCUAUCUUAAAGAAGCUUGUUUGCCUCUGUACUUACCCUGCCGCCAAUUGGAAAUUCGCCACUGUCAAUUUUGACCAAACAAGAUUCUUCUUAAAGGAACAAGAAAAAAAGAUAAAUGAUGUUAUUCACCAAGAUAAAAAUGAUGACAGAAAAAUGACAUUCAAGCAGGCUGCUCUUUUACAUCUCCUGGUAACAAUUAGAGAUGUCCUUUUAACUUGCAACUUGGAUACCGCAUUAGGAUAUUUGUCAAAUGCAAACGCUAUCUACAAAAGUGUGUUAGACUCCUGUUUGGAUAACAUUUGGAGACAGCUGAAAAUUUUACAGUUUAUUAAGGAAAAAAGGCCUAAAACCAACUAUAAGAUCCAAGAAUUGCAAUGUCAGAUACUAAGUAGGCUACAGAGUCAACAACAAAUGAAGGUACUGAUUAUAAUAAGAAUGGACUCAGAUGGAGAGAAGCAUUUGCUUAUUAAAACCCUUAAGAAAAUAGAAGGUUUAACAAUGACUGUUUUACGUUCAAAUGACAGAAAAGAUUUUCUGAAAACUACCAGUGUUUUAAAAGGUAGGCAUGCCUGUGUGAUUGUGCACAACCACAGUAUCGGAGCAGAUUUCCCCUGGAGCAGCUUCUCCCUCGUGGUAGAGUACAACCACGUGGGGCACUCUUGCUGGGCCGAGCACUGCCAACUGUUGGAUAUACCUUUCCUGGCCUUUAAAGUCGCUGUUCCAGACACAGCUCUGCAGAGAAAUGCCUUGCUGGAUCGAUUUGGUGGGUUUCUCUGGAAAAUUCCGAUUCCAUAUGUAUUUUUUGCAUCUGAAGGACUUCUCAAUACUCCAGAGAUACUCCGGCUGCUGGAGUCCAACUAUAAUAUCACACUAGUGGAGAGAUGCUGCUGCGGGUCACUGAAACUCUUUGGAAGUACAGAGUGUUAUGUGGUGGUGACAGUUGAUGAGCAUACUGCUAUAGUUGUGCAGGAUCUAGAAGAGUUACAUCAUGAGAAGGCAUCAGACAAUAUCAUUAUGAGAUUAAUGGCACUGUCGUUCCAGUAUAGCUGUUGCUGGAUAAUACUAUAUUCCAAGGAAACACUAAAUUCACAAUACCAUCUUACAGAAAAGACACUUCUUCACCUCGCACAGAUUUACGCAGCUUUGGUUUCCUCGGGCCUGAAAUCUGAAGAGCUGGAUGUAAAGCUUAUAAUUGCCCCUGGAGUAGAAGAGACUGCUUUAAUAAUUCGACAAAUUGCAGACCACAAUUUAAUGAUGUCGACGAGAGAUCCCCAUGAAUGGUUGGAUAAAUCCUGGGUGGAAGUUUCACCUUCUAAGGAGGAAAUGAACCUACUUGAUUUUCCCUGUAUUAACCCACUGGUGGCCCAGCUCAUGUUACACAGGGCACCUUCACUGCACUGGCUCCUGAGAGCAACUACUGCUGAGCUCCAGGAACUCCUGCCCGAGGUUCCAGGCAAAGUACUGAAGCAUUUUUGUAGCAUCACUUCCUUGUUCAAGAUUAGUUCUCCUUCCAUGACAAAGUCUUCGCAGAUUUCAUCACUUCAGGAAGAUAUGAAUCAAACUGAUCUCUUUACUUCUCAGAGUUCAGCUCCUAUUAUUCAAGAACAGGAAGAAUAUUAUCCCUAUGAAGACUCAGAAGAGACCAUGCUGAAAGACACAGGCUCUUCUCCCGUGGAGCUAAGAGAAACUCCAUGCAUGCUGCCAUCUGCAGCGCCACACAGUCAGAGGGGCUGCUGGGAGGGCCUCAGCUGUGACGCUGGCACAGUGCAGAGUAACCCUUUCCUAAUGAACGCAGAAUCAAAGAAAAUCGCCUGGCCCUCCUUUCCCAACUGGACUGAUUCAGAGUCAGAUGUCUUUUCUCUGGGCCGAACACAAGUAAGUUGUGUACCCAUAAUGCCACUAACUGAUUCUCAGAGAAGAGGCACUCAUGAUUUUGUAAAUUGUCUCGAAGCAAAAGGACCCAGAAACAAGCAAGUGUCCACCCCUGUCUUUUUACCAGAGAACUCCCAAUCCCACCCUCACUGGGACUUUAAGAAAAACAGUUGUAGAAAACAGAUUUACUCAUUCAAUCCAAGCUGUGGAACAGAACAGAUUACCUACAACAAAUGGUACUCUCAAAAAGGUGACCUCUUCAGUAAUCAGCCUGAGUGUCUGCGGGAGGAGUUGGAAGAGGCCACAUACAGAGAUGCAGAUGCUGGGACUAAGGAGACUUUUGGGGGAGAACUGCCAGCUGUUCCAAGUUGGGAUUCACUCUGUGCUUCUGAUUCUAAUGUAAAUCAAAGAGGAUUCAAGGGCCUUAAUUUCUGCCAAAGAGCCGGAAACUACUUAGGACAGAAAAGGCUCCCUGUAUCUUCAUCUAAUUGGGGAGAUUACAAAACACCAACAGACUUAUUGUACUCACAAGUACCACAACCCAAGAAACGACGUCUAAUGUAUGAGAAAGUCCCUGGAAGAGUGGAUGGGCAAACCCGGCUGAGGUUUUUAUGA